GCUAGGCAAGAUGUUGUACGAGAUGAUAGGAGUGGUUCGGCCUGGCCGCCUCUCCGAAGUAAAAGAAAUCGCAAAGACCGCCGGGAAAAUCGUCCUCGAUCAGCGUGGCGUCGUCCGCGGCGUCUCCAACUGGGGCACCUUCCUCCUCCCCAAACCCACAAAAAAACUGCAGUCGACACACCACUACGGCCACCACUUCAUCCUGCGCUUCGAUGCAAGUGCGCGCGCACAGCAUUCUCUACGGCGGACAAUGAGUUUGGAUCCGCGGCUGAUCAGGUACUCGAUUGUGAAGAUGGGGACCAAGUUUGAGGAAAUAAAAGAUAUACCUGGGACGGCUAGCUUCAGAUGA